ACCAAUGGACAAGAGGCAUGGCACAAACGCAUAUGUAACGCUGUUGGCUGGUUGAGUUUUUAGGACCGGAAACGAUGGGUGUGUAUCCGGAGUAGCUAGAUAUUCAAAAUCGAAAGACUUUUCAGAAAGACCGGUGAUUAUGGAGCUGCGGCCGUUGGUCAUGUGCUUUGCGCUGUGCGUGGUCUAUGCCUUUAGUAAACCCACCAUCGAGAAAAAGGACCGCGUCCACCAUGACGACCCGCUUAGCAACCGCGACCAUGAAGAUGCAGAGAACUUUGAUUACGACCACGAGGCGUUUCUAGGACAGGACGAGGCCAAGACCUUCGAUCAGCUCACACCAGAGGAGAGCAAGGAGAGACUUGGUAUGUUGGUAGAGCAUAUAGAUGAGGACAAGGAUGGGUAUGUGUCAGUAGAGGAGAUGAGAAAGUGGAUCAAACACAGUCAGAAGAGGUGGAUCUAUGACGACGUGGACCGCCAGUGGAAAGGUCAUGACCAUAAUGGAGAUGGACUUGUGUCCUGGGAGGAGUACAAGAAUGCUACAUAUGGAUACAUACUGGAUGAUCCAGACCCAGAGGAUGGCUUCAGCUACAGACAGAUGAUUUCACGCGAUGAGAGGAGGUUCAAAAUGUCUGACCUGGAUGCUGACCUGAAGGCCAAUAAAGAGGAGUUUACAGCCUUCCUCCAUCCUGAGGAGUACGACCAUAUGAAGGAUAUAGUUGUACUGGAGACCAUGGAGGACAUUGAUAAGAACGGAGACGGCUUUAUAGACCUUGAGGAGUACAUAGGUGACAUGUAUAACCAAGAGGGGGAUCCGUCAGAGCCAGAGUGGGUGAGGACCGAGAGAGAACAGUUUACGGAGUUCAGAGACACAAACAAAGAUGGCCGCAUGGACAAGGAGGAGACCAAAGACUGGAUCCUGCCUUCAGACUAUGACCACGCAGAGGCAGAAGCCAAACACUUGGUCUACGAGUCAGAUAAUGACAAGGAUGGCAAACUGACUAAGGCAGAGAUCGUUGAGAAGUAUGACCUCUUCGUUGGUAGCCAGGCUACUGACUUUGGAGAAGCCUUGGCAAGACACGAUGAAUUCUAACCCUUCCACUUCCCAUGCUGGGUUGGGCUCAAUUCCAAUUCAACUCAGUCAUGGAAUUUAAAAUCUCAAUUUUAAAGUAGCGCACUAUAUGGAGUGACAUUUGAGAUGGAGUUUUUCACUCUGAUGCCAAGGACAAUUUAUUUGAUUUCCUGGCCUAUUAUACACUAGUGAAUGCAUUACUUUGUACUAAGUAGUACACAAUCAGGACACCUUGUUCCAGCUCUGCCUCCACCACCCUCUCGGACAAUGGAAAGGAUAUUUCCUUUGGCUUGUCUUUUUGUUUGCAGAGCAACUUUGUUAUAAAAAAAAAAAAAGAUUUAUAGAAGACAGUAAGUGUUUGUUCAAACAAGGUUACAAAAACAAUAUCGUGCAUGCAAUUAUGUGCCGAACUGCGUGUUGGGGUCAAUUCAGUGUUCAAUUUAGGAAGGGAAAUAAAAUGUAAUAGGAAACUAAUUGAAUUGAUUUCAACCCUGGUGUGUGUAUAGGGGCGGCAGGUUAGCCUAGUGGUUAGAGUGUUGGACUAGUAACCGGAGGUUGCAAGUUCAAAUCCCUGAGCUGGCAAGGUACAAUCUGUCGUUCUGCCCCUGAACAGGCAGUUAACCCACUGUUCCUAGGCCGUCAUUGAAACUAAGAAUAUGUUCUUAACUGACUUGCCUAGUUAAAUAAAGGUAAAAUAAAAAUAGCAGUGUGUGUACUCUGCUAUGCACUGGACUAUGAAGGGGAGCUAUAACACGGGGGGGGCACUCUAUGGGCUACCACCACAAACUGCUCUUUGAGUUGAUACGCAGACCAGCAAUGUGGCCAAUCCUGCCGGGGUUAGUGGUUGUAAUCCAAGGAGUGUGCCUGAAAAUCUUCAUGCUUCGGCCAAUAGCGGUCCUCGGUGACCCCUGCGUGCAGGUUUUAGUCCCUUGGUGAUGCUUCAUUAGGGGUUAGAUCAGUGUUUCUCAACUUUAGUCCGAGAACCUCCUGGGUCAUACAUUUCUGAUCUAGUCCCUGUAUUAGCACAAAAUAUUCUGUGCUAGUACAGGGCUGGAACAUCCUGUUUUAUUUUGGAAUCUGCUGAAUUCUAUGCUGUGCCACACUACACAAUCAUACACAAACUACACUAUGUUUGGAGGAUUAUUAUUCCCCUCAGGCUUCUUGAGUUAUUGUUGUCAUAACUGUAUAAUGCCCCUCACUGUAUGACCAUCUAUAACCACUGUUAUUGGUCUGGUUCAACUUGACUUAAACCCUCUAUUAUAAGGGCUAUUUAACACUGCCAUAAUGUCAUAAACAGUCAUGACUGUUGGUGUAAAAUCAGUUGUGAUAAAUUGACACAGUAUGAUUGUUUAUGACAUGUUAUGUAGCCCUUAUGACAGAGAGUUCUAGUAAAGUGUUUGCGUUGUCUUAUAUAAUAUAUAAUGUAUAUGAUAUAGCUGUUUUUUUUACACACAAUGCAGUGCCAUGCCUGUCACUGGUGACUGCCCUGUACAUACAUUGUCACCUGUUUGUCGACAGUGUGUGUGCUGUUACCAAUCAUAUGGAGAAGUGUUUUUCUGAUUAAAAGGAUUUUGUACCGA